ACGCCGGAGCCGCUCGCUGCCUGCCCCCACCCCACCCCUCUCCCACCUCCCACUCUCCCAAUCCUAUCCCCUUUGCUUCUCGCGUGGGAGCUGGGAUUCCUCUCUUCGGCAGCCAUCUUAUUUAGUUCCACCAUGGUGCCGUCCCGGAUCCGCUUCGCCCGCCAAAUCCCCCUCCCCUGCUGCUCUGACACCGAAGAGGAGGAGGAGGAGGAGGAGGAGGAAGAGGAGGAGGAGGUGGGGGAGGAAGAGGUGCCGGUCGCGUCGCCGCUGAUACUGCCGGCGUCGAGGGGAGGGGUCUCCGUGGUGGAUAUGGUCGCGGCGGCGCUGCGGAGGUCGCUGCUGCUGUGCAGCAGCGUGCGCGCCGAGGAAGGCACCGGCACUGCGGCUGCGGGGAUGCAGAUAGGGCAGCCCACGGAGGUGCGCCACGUCUCGCACGUCACCUUCGACCGCUUCGUCGGCUUCCUCGGCCUCCCUGCCGACCUCGAGCCCGAGGUGCCGCGCCCCGCGCCCAGCGCCAGUGUAAGUGUAUUUGGAGUUUCACCAACGUCCAUGCAAUGCUCGUUUGAUAAAAGAGGAAACAGUGUACCAACAAUACUAUUGACCAUGCAAAGGAAGCUAUAUUUACUUGGGGGCCUUCAGGCUGAAGGGGUCUUCAGAAUAAAUGCUGACAAUAGACAGGAACAGCAUGUCAGGGAGCAACUAAACAGAGGUGUUGUUCCAGAUGGAGUUGACUUGCAUUAUCUUGCAGGCCUUAUAAAGGCAUGGUUCCGAGAACUUCCAAGUGGAGUAUUAGACUCAUUGACUCCAGAACAAGUGAUGCAUUGCAACACUGAAGAAGAGUGUUCUCGUAUUGCGAGUAUUGUACCUCCAGUGGAAGCAGCAUUACUGGAUUGGGCCAUUAAUCUGAUGGCAGAUGUUGUGGAGCAUGAAAACUACAACAAGAUGAAUGCUCGCAACGUUGCUAUGGUUUUCGCGCCAAACAUGACUCAGAUGGCCGAUCCCUUAACUGCUUUGAUACAUGCAGUUCAAGUGAUGAAUUUUUUGAAGACAUUGAUACUGAAGACUGUCAAAGAAAGGGAGGAGGCAGCUGCCGCAACAAGGGGAUUCACCUCCAGCUCUGGUUCCCCGAGUGACAAAGAUGCGCCUCAGGCAUUAAAUCUUUUGGACAACCCCUUAAAUUGCUCAAGUCGGGAAAAUGUCGAACGCCCCAUGAUUAGUGGGGCUACUCUCGACCACUUUCUCUUUAGCAUGGAACAAGCGCUUCACCAAGAUGCGCAAGCCAGUGUCGGAGAACCCAAGAAGUGUGACACCGGUACAGCACAUGACAAAUACAAUGACGAAUUUUCUCCUGUGGACAGUGAUUUUAGUAAUAGCCAAGAUGACAGCAGUUCUGGAAACAAAUUCAGUAACGACAGUGUGGAAGGUUUGUUUGACAGAUUCAAAUUUAGGAAAGGGGUAGGCAGAAUCUGCAGGCACCCAGUGUUUCAGUUGAGUAGGUCCAUGAAGAAGUCUGAUGAAGCAGGACAGGCUUGUGCAUGACAUGGUAGGAUGUGUAUGUAAUUGAUGAUUCCCCUAGUUUUGCAGCUGUUUAGCGCUUAACUCAUACGCCAUUUCUCCUAGUUCGUCUGUAGAAGCUAUAAGCCCAUUUGAUUGUACUAGUACUGAACUGCUGAUGUGGAGUUCUUGGCGUGUACAGUAUAUAGUUCAACUAUAUCGUACCAGCAUCCUGUUGUUUGAAAAGAUGAAUGUAUCUAUUAUUUGAGCCAAGAGAGGUUGCCUGAGUUUGAGAA